AUGCUUGUGCAGGAGCACAAGAAGUUAAAAGGACGUAUGUCUACGACCACAACAAUAACAGAUGGUAAGAAUGGAUCCGUUCCAUCAUCCAUGAAAAUGGGCAAGAAAUCAGUUACAGAAGACCUUGUGACAACAUUCAGCUCCCCAGCUGCAUGGCUUCUUGUUGUUGCUCUGAUUGUUACCUGGUCAGCAGUAGCUAUUGUAAUGUUUGACUUGGUGGAUUACAAAGCAUUUGCAGGAAGAUCUGUUAACAAGCUCAGCACAGAACCCCUGAGAAUCAUUCAUGAGACACUGGAAGAAUCCACUGAUUGGAUUUAUGGCUUUAUCUCUUUAAUGUCUGACAUCAUAUGGAGUGACGAUGAUGACAGUGAUGAAGGUAUUCAUAAUGUAAAGAUUUCUGUAACUGCACUAACUGCUGUUUUACAGGCAUUACGUUGGCUUACUCAGCUUUUAACCUCAUAG